AUGGAGCGGCAGCACAGUCGGCGUCGGAGAUCGGCCCGGACGCAGGAACCAGCGCUUGCUCAGCCCGUGGCAUCACGCCAAUCGCCUCGGCCACUGUUGACUUGGUCUCUCAUCGCAUGUCUCUUGGUCGCCCUCACGUAUUUUUCCCGUCCAUUGACACAUCUCCCAUGGACCUCCCGGAUUGCGCCGCUCCCGGGUCGCCCCCAACGGGACCCAGCCGCGGAGGGUCGCCCCCGCAUGGCGCUUCACCCUGAAGAUCAUGUCUCGCGCCCGCCGGCCACACAACAUCUCGAUUGGCGCAUCACCUCGGCCCCGCGCAGGCCCGAUGGCGUCCUGAAACAGGUCUAUCUGAUCAACGACCUCUUCCCCGGCCCCACGAUUGAGGCCCGUUCCGGGGAUAGCCUCCUCAUCACCGUGACCAAUGCAGUAGAGGGGGACUCGAUUGCCCUCCAUUGGCACGGCAUCCAUGUAGCCAGUGCCAUGGAUGGCGCUGCGGGGGUUUCACAAUGUCCCAUUCUGCCUGGGGGUCAAUUUGUCUAUAAUGUCACUAUCCCGGCCGACCAGAGCGGUACUUUCUGGUACCACGCGCAUUCGGGAGUGUCGCGAGGUGACGGCCUCUACGGGGGCCUAGUUGUCCAUGCGCCUACGGCCAAGUCGACCGUGCGAGGAUUACUAUCGCCAGGCCGAGGCGAUGCGCAGCGAUUUAAUUAUCAGAAGGAGCUCCUGCUUCUCAUUGGCGACUGGUACCACCGGCCGGCGAAGGAUGUCUUGGCCUGGUACAAGCUCCCUGGAUCUUUUGCCAACGAGCCGGUGCCGGACUCCAUGCUGGUCAAUGGAGUUGGCCAUUUCGACUGCGCCAUGGCGGUCCCUGCUCGCCCGGUCGAUUGUAUCGAGCAGCUGGCUAAUACCUCGUUUCUGGAUCUGGAUCCGGACACGGCCUAUCGAAUCCGCGUCGUAAACACUGGCGCCCUGGCAGGCUUGUCGCUAGUCUUUGGCCAGAACCACAUUGAUCUUAUCCAGGUCGACAGCGUUGACGUCAAGCGCUCCCAGCAGGAGGAUGUCAACUCGGCAGGCAUCUUAUACCCCGGCCAGCGCAUGGAUUUUGUUCUCCACGCUUCACCCCAACACGAGCCUUCCACCAUGAUGGUGCAGCUUGACCAAGGAUGCUUCAAAUACAUGAACCCGGCAUUAACGCCAGACCAGACUUUCCCCAUCCAUUACCGCUCCGCGUCUAUCUCUAGCGAAGCUCAAGUCUCGGCACCCACCGUGCGGAACCACAUCAACGUCGAGAAUGUACCUUCAUCCCCCUCUAUCCUCAUGAAUCUUCCCCCCAGGGCCCAACAGACGCAUGUGGUCUACACCAAGAUCCAAAAGAUGGCCCGCAACCACAACAUUCCGGAGGGGUAUUUCAACCAGACCACCUGGAAACCUCAGAACGACCCGCCCACGCCGCUGAUCGGUCUUCCCCGCGUGCGCUGGGAUUCCAAUCAGCUUGCGUUAUCGACUGGCUCUGAGGCUGCAUGGGUGGACCUGGUUGUGAAUAACCUGGAUGAAGGGCCUCAUCCAUUCCAUCUGCACGGCCACCAUUUCUACAUUCUCACGGUGCAACAAGCCUCCUACGGCUGGGGCUCUUACGAUCCCUUCUCCGACCCCUACCCACCAGGCCAGGAGCCGGAUAUGGAGAACGAAUCCGAAACACCCGAAGCGAUCGAUCCCAAUUUCCAGCCCUACGAUCUCUCCCGCGCCGCCCUCCGCGACACAGUCCAAAUCCCCAGCCGCGGCUACGCCGUCCUUCGCUUCCGCGCUGAUAAUCCCGGCGUAUGGCUCUUCCACUGCCACAUCUUGUGGCACCUGGCGACGGGCAUGGCGAUGCUCGUCGAUGUCAUGGGCGAUCCAACGGGCCAGGUUGCACAUGAUAAUUCUACGGCAGCGAGCGGACUAUGUCCCGUAUAA